UGCUGUUCAUUGAGGAGUGUGCACCUCCUUCAUCACCGAUCACUGUGCACCUCCUUCAUCACCGAUCACCGAGGAGUGUGUAGUGCACCUCCUUCAUCACUGAUCACCGAGGAGUGUGUAGUGCACCUCCUUCAUCACUGAUCGCUGUGCACCUCCUUCCCCAGUGAUCGCUGUACAUUUCCUGAAUCAGUCGUCUCCGCUCAGUGACAGCACAAGUGUGCCUGUGUCCUCCUGAUCACAGAGCCGUCCGAUCUCCGAUCACAGAGCCGUCCGAUCUCCGAUCGCAGAGCCGUCCGAUCUCCGAUCACAGAGCCGUCCGAUCUCCGAUCGCAGAGCCAUCCGAUCUCCGAUCACACAGAUAUAAGGUCUGUGAUGAAUAUAUAAUCUACAAAUGGAGUAAUCAAGUGGCUACCUCAUCAUCGUGUUCUGACCCUAGAAGGAUUUUAAAUUUAAGUAAAAAUGAGGCUCUUAAGGAGACACACUGGACCUCUUAAAUUGGCUAUGGUGGGUGUUGUCUUUGUAAUAUUCGUCUUUAUAAUGCACAAAGAUGUUGGCAAUGGCGGCAAAGAUGAGCCCUGGUUAAAGAACAUUGUGGAGAGGAAAGAUCAGAUGUUGGAUAUGAUGAUGGGGGCAGUGAAUAAUAUAAGGGACUCCAUGCCAAAGCUUCAGAUCAAUGCCCCGAUGCAGCAAGAGGAACCAGAACUCAAAGCAAAGUCUUGCUUGGCCGGAUAUUACACACCAGGAGAACUCAAACCGUUCAUGGAAAGACCACCAGAAGAUCCAAACAGCCCUGGUGCUGAUGGAAAAGCAUUUAAAAAGGAAAAGUGGACAGCAGAGGAGACAAAGCAGAAGGAUGACGGAUUUACCAAGCAUUGCUUCAAUGCCUAUGCCAGUGAGAAGAUCUCCCUCCACAGGGCUUUGGGACCUGACACAAGACCUCCAGAGUGUAUUGAACAGAAAUUCAAGCGAUGCCCUGCACUCCCUACCACCAGUGUGAUUAUUGUAUUCCAUAAUGAAGCCUGGUCAACUCUCCUCCGGACAGUGUACAGUGUUUUGCAUACAUCCCCUGCAAUCCUGCUAAAAGAAAUCAUUCUUGUGGAUGAUGCUAGUGCAGACGAUUACCUAAAGGAGGAGUUGGACAACUAUGUGAAGUCUCUGCAGAUAGUAAGAGUCGUACGACAGCCGGAGAGAAAGGGUUUAAUCACUGCCAGGUUGCUAGGUGCCAGUGUUGCUACAGGCGAGGUGCUGACCUUCCUGGAUGCCCAUUGUGAAUGUUUCCAUGGUUGGCUGGAGCCUCUCUUAUCCAGAAUUGCUGAAGAUUAUACAGCUGUUGUGAGCCCAGAUAUCACAACUAUUGAUCUGAACACUUUUGAAUUUUCCAAGCCAGUGCAAUACGGCAAGCACCACAGCCGUGGUAACUUUGAUUGGAGUUUAACAUUUGGUUGGGAGUCUAUCCCAGGCCAUGAGAAGGAAAGGAGAAAGGAUGAAACCUACCCCAUUAAGUCCCCAACACAUGCUGGAGGUCUCUUCUCAAUCUCUAAGGCUUUCUUUGAGCACAUAGGAUCAUAUGAUGAUCAAAUGGAAAUCUGGGGAGGAGAAAACGUGGAAAUGUCUUUUAGGGUCUGGCUGUGUGGAGGUCAGUUGGAGAUCCUACCUUGCUCUGUAGUGGGCCACGUGUUUCGUACAAAGAGCCCACACACCUUCCCCAAAGGAACACAGGUGAUCACUAGAAAUCAGGUACGCCUUGCGGAGGUCUGGAUGGAUGAUUACAAGGAGAUCUACUACCGGAGAAACCAACAAGCUGCAAAAAUGGCUAAAGAGAAGAACUUUGGAGACAUUUCUCCUCGGCUAAAGCUCAAACAUGAUUUGCAUUGUAAGAAUUUUUCAUGGUUCCUCGACAAUAUCUACCCAGAGAUGUUCAUACCAGACCUCUCACCAACUUAUUUUGGUGCGAUUAAAAAUGAAGGAUCCCAGAAUUGCCUUGAUGUUGGGGAAAAUAACCAUGGAGGAAAACCACUCAUCAUGUACCCCUGUCAUGGAAUGGGAGGAAAUCAGUACUUUGAAUAUACUACGCAGAAAGAACUGCGACAUAAUAUUGGGAAGCAGCUGUGCUUGCGCUCCAAAUACAGUCCAGGACCAGUGGAGCUUGGAGAGUGUCAGUACAAAGGAAAAGGGACCACUGUUCCAGGAAACGAGGAGUGGGAAUUGACGAAGGAUCGUUUACUAAAAAACACUGGCUCUCAACUGUGUCUAUGCUCCCGGGGAGAACAUCCAUCCACUAACCACUGUAAUCCUGGAGAUGUACACCAGCGCUGGGGUUUUAGCUAAUUCACAUCAUGCUCAGUGACUGCUACAUGAGGGCUUAAUCUCUGCAGUGCCUUCUUAUCCCCUGGAUACAAAUGAGGAAAGUGCUCAUAUCUUACCACUGGGCAAGAAGCCUUUAAAACAUGUUGUCCUUUUUUAAAAAUGUUUACAAUUUAGAUCAGUGCCUUGAAAGAAGUGAAAAUAACCAAAUGAACACCUUUUCCUUUAAAAUGAGCUUUCAUAAAGCUGGGCGUCGGUGUUCCCUUUAACUUCAUUUAUGGAUUAUAAAGAGAGGUUUGGACAAGCCAAGAUUUGCACUAGUCGUUCUCCAACACUACACAAGUGUACACCAUCCAUCUGUUGGUUUUAUGCUUCUCGACCUUGAGCAGAGAUUUCAUCUGAGAAAUGCUGCACUUGUUUAUCUAUAGCAAUAAUUACGGUAGUCAAAUCGAUCUGCAGUGAAUCUAUCGCUGUCAUUGACGGGUUUCGGUAUAUGCUAAAGAAUCUUGCUGGGAUUUGUAUCCACACAACAGUUUUGACCUCAAAUUGUCUAAAUAUGACAAGAUUACUGUAAGGCUGCACAAAAUCCAGACUGGACUGGUUCUCCUCUGCUCGGCCAAUUAACAAUCUGUGCAAAAAAGUGGAAUUUUACAUGAUUCUUCUAGCAAGAAAAGAGCACCGCCUUACCGCUAUGAAGCUUUUUUGAACCGUGAAUCUUGUGAGAUCUACUGUGAUUUAAUCCAUUUUGAUAUGCACAUCUAUGUAUUUUUAUAGCCUUUGCACAGCACCAAGGCCAUUAUCUAAAAAGGCAAAGAGCAAUAACCCAUAACAAGCGCUCAUAUUUCUUCAUUCCUAAUCAGACGGCAAUAAUGUUCUAUGUGAUGGAUUAAACUGUUUGCUCGUCAUUGUUGCUUUAUGCACUGCUUAUGUCUUCAACCGUAGCAGAUUGGCAGGUCAAAUGCAUUAUGGAUGUUCAUUUUUCAAACCAAUGUCAGUGAGAACUGUGAUAAUUUACUAGUUUAUAUUUAGGAACGGAUUUCCUUUUUUUAGUUGCCUUCUUUGGGACAUGGUUUCUCGAGUGACCUCUUGUCUGAAAAUCUACAAAGCUGAUUUAACUUUUUUUUAAAUUGGCCUUGCCCAAAUGCGUGUAUGUAAUCAUUUUCAGAAGUGUCUGCUUUUAUGAAAUUUUUAUUUACCUCACUCUUACCUGCAUUAAAACCCCUUAACACUAUUUACAGUUUAGCAUAUGAUAAUGCUAGAUUCAAUCUCUAGGGUACAUGCAGGGCUGCUGAUAGGGAGGUAGAGCCCACCCUCCUGUACCUGACCCGGGCCUCAUCCGUUCAGCAGGGGGCCCAAGGGCAAAAAGGGUACAUUUUAAAUACCUUUGGAGCGAAAGCACAGUAAACCCAUGGACCGUGGCUCCCAGCAAUAAAAGUUCCCUGGGCACCAUAAGUUCAGCAGCAGGAGCGGGGACAGAGAGGGAAUUGUUCAUUCAUUUUUGGGAGAAGGCAGAGUAAUCCUCCACGCCGCAGCUUCCAAUAAAUUAAAAUUCCGGCUCCUUCUAUAUCAAUCCGCCAGGGUAGAGCAGGACCUUUAAUUUAAUUGUGAGGAGCUGUAGCAUUCAGUAUUGCUUUGUCUGAUCCCAAAAGUGGGCAACUAGUCCUCUCUCUAUUCUCGGCCCCUACUGCUAAAUUGGUUGGGCCUGGAGAGCAUUCGUUUUUUUUUUUUUUUUGCUGAGAGCCAUGGCUGCUGGGAUUACUGUGCAAGCACAAUAAGGUAUGGCAGGGGCUGUUAGGUGGGAAGGAGGGGGAGCCCUGUCGGGUAGGCUGUAUGGAACCCCCAUGAUUUCUAGUGGUCACCCUGGGUAUAUGACAUACCUAACCGGCUCUGAAUGGGACAGAGUACUGACGUCAUGAAAAAUGGUGAUAAACAACGGUUUCAUAAACCCUGUAAAGGGUAGGUAAGUGUAAUUGCUGCAAGGGACAGAAAUACAGAUUUUUUUUUGGAGGGAUAUUUUGAGAA